AUGGCCAAAAAAUAUGAGGGACCUGCAAUUGGAAUUGAUCUUGGCACAACCUAUUCAUAUGUUGUUAUAUGGAAAGACAAAAUCAAAGGAGCUGAGACCAUUCAUAAUGAUCAUGGAAACAAUGCCACUCCUUCUUUUGUUACUUUCACUAAUGAUCAAAGGUUUAUUGGUCAAGCUGCAAAAGAUCAGGCUGCUUCAAACCCUGCCAACAUUGUCUUUGAUGCAAAGAGAUUGAUUGGAAGGAAAUAA